GAAACGUCAGCGCUGUGAAUGCGGCUGGAGGAGGAGGAGGAGGAUGGGACGCUGCUGAUGCUGAUGCGAGAGCUUUCUGUAAUGAACAUAGGUGGACUGACGGCCAAAUGAUGGAGCUUUUUGCUCGUAUUUCAUCCCCCUUUUUCUUUCACCACUGGCUUCGAGGAGGGACGCUGAAGUGUUUGUGAGACGAGGACGAUAGAAGAAUCUGCAGAGGUUUCGUCUCGUCACUCGUGUGGCCUGUCUGCUGACGGACACACAGGUGGACUGUCGCUUUGAAAACGGCUUCAAAAUGAAGACAUAACCGUGGACUAUCACGGAGGCGACAGUGUCCCUAGUUGCGUUUUAAACAGCGGGAUAGCGUGGCUACUCUUCGGUUACGUUCAGCUGGAAGGGGUACGAGCUGGACUGGCUCGCGCGUUAAGCUAGCUAAUAGGCUAAUUUCGCUAGCUUAGUCAGCUAGCAGCGUCUCUGGGCCAAUGGCACGGAAGAAGUGGGAUGCUCGAAGGAGGAGUUAACGUUGGUCGCUAUCAUGCGUUCGGUGGGAGGUUAUUACUGUUCGUGUCGUUAUGAGAGAUUUAACAUUAUAGCUCGAGGUUUAUUUAGGUUCCAGGUCUGCCCGCAUCGUUUCCUCGGCAAAUUAGCUUGCGCUGGAUAAGAAUCGGAUAAUCGGCUAAGAAAGCUAAUGUUGACAUACACUGGCGACUUAACGCGUUAACUUAUUUGUCAAAUUGGCUCACGAGAAGAGAUGCUGUCGGUGGUUUUCUGAGACUUUAUCGCGGUGAUUUGCCAGCUUCCAGACCGAGGUGAAGCAUGUUGACGUUGGAUGUGCUGAAGCUGAACCAUUUGGCAUCAACCAGACGUGGAUCUGAGGACAGAGCUGAGGCACAUAGUAGGUCAACACACGUAAGCGAGGCUAAGACAUUACAAUGGAUUUUGAGUUUACGUUACAUUGUUGCCAAGAUGUGGAUGACAGCUACUGGAGUUAAAACAACAAAUAGUAUUUGUUAAUCCGUUGCCUGACUGUUUUCUAAACCCUACCUAACGUUGAUCAAUGCUUGCAGGAUGCCGUUUAACAACAUGGCAUUAAAGUGUAAGAGCUGGAUCUCGACGACAGCAGUGAGAUAGUACACCAGCUUUGUGUAAAGUCGAUCACAGAAGUAUAAAUGGAAGCGACCGUCCUGUCUGGCCCUUUGGGGCUCACACAGUGGGAGUCAGAACAUGCGUUUCCUCUCGGAUUUCACCCACUGGAUUCAGACAAUGGAGGUGAGCUAGGUCAAAACAAGGGUGGCCAGACAGGUUUGGAUUUCAGAAACGGCGACCAGGAGCAGACAUUCCAACAAAGUGAAGAAGAAGAAAACGUUUACCAGGACAAGCCGGUAGUAGAGCUGGACGACCUAAUAAAUAUCUCUGAUCUUUCCUGUGGUGGUUUGCAGUUUGAGGGAGAUCAGUUCAAUAAUCCCAACGCUCCUCUCCGUGGUACUUCUCACAUAGAGUCCUUCACAGAAAAGCGACCUGAUGAGCUGAGUGACUGCACUUUGUCGUGGCUAUUUUCUCCCAAACUCACUGAUAUGGUUGGAAAAAGCUCUGCCCGUGAAGAGGGCCCUCUGGAAACCCUCAGUAGUCAGGCUGAGCUAAUGGGGCUCAGUGUGCCAGCCUCUCUGUCGGACAUUACCAACACAGGGGAUCCAUUUCUGUUGGUGGACCUCCUCUCGAAUGGACUCUCUUGGCUCCCCCCAGACUCCUCGGGUGAGUCGAACCCACAGGGUGUCAGUGAGGAGCUGGUAGACCUGUCACAAGAGGAGGAGGAGGCAGGGAGGGAGACUUUGUCACUUGAAACCAGAGACACAGGUUUAUUCCCUGAUCAAGUGACUGAUCUGCCUCCAACCUGGAGCUCUACCCAGCCAGGUUUACCUGAGAACUGCCUCCCACCCAACAAAGUCCACACACUGCUGGAGCUCUGCGAAGGAUCUGUGCCUUUGUUGGACCUGGAGGUUCCAGAUUGUGACGGCAGUCUGAGCCUGCGUCCCGACAGUCCUCCCGCUGUUAUCUGCACAGGUGUGCCGUUAGAUUUAUCAGCAGAGGAGUCAGAGGUAGAUCACGCGGGAGCGACUGUAAAUAGAAGUGUGACUUCAGAGCGACAAGGUGAGAAUGACUCAUUUGCUCUGCGUCUGUCAGCCGAACCUUCAUCAGCUGAACCUCCAUCGCUGACGGUGCCUCUGGCUGAAGAUGUCUUCGUCCAGGGGGAUUCCACCACUGAGACCUGCUCUGUGGAGAAUGAGUCCGCGGGUUUGAUGGAGGACAAUAUUUGUUCUGAGGCCCAAAAUCAAGGGAAUGGGGCAAUGGCGUUGGACCCGUGCUCGACCACGGAUGAGGUCCAUGACGAGGAAACUUGGGACUUGAAACCCCGGCCGGGUGUCCAGAAUGGAGGCGUUCCCGAUCCAGCAACCGAACAGAGGGAAGAGGAGAGGUUGCCGGAUAGGAACCGGCUCGAAGGAGCAGAUUGUCACGAAGUGGCUUCUUUUGAUUUCUCCGUUUCGGAUUUACACACGUCUUCUCCUGAGGCCGGAUGGACUAGUGAGCAAACUGUGGAGACCAUUUCUCUCUCUAAGAUGGUGGUAGAUGACUCACUGCCAAUGGUCUCGGCUGUGGAUACGAGGGAGGAAGACGUCCCCCCGCUGAAAGCUGUGUUCGACGCUUUAGACCAGGACGGAGACGGCUUUGUCCGUAUCGAGGAGUUCAUGGAGUUUGCUGCCGCCUACGGGGCCGAUCAGGUAAAGGAUCUGACCAAGUUUUUGGACCCCAGUGGACUGGGAGUGAUCAGCUUUGAAGACUUCCACCGCGGAAUCUCUGCAAUCAGCAAUGGAGGUCCGGAGCCGCAGCUCUACAAUGUAAACUACAGUCCAGGCGAUGGAGCUGUGGGCUGUCCCGAGGAGUACGACGAGCAAAACGAGGUGACGGACAGCGCGUACCUGGGCUCGGAGAGCACCUACAGUGAGUGUGAGACCUUCACUGAUGAGGACACGGGGGCCCUCGUACCGCCCGAGAUGCACGAGGACGUGGAGACGGACAGCGGCAUCGAGGCCACGCUGCACGACCCUGAAGACGGCGGAAAUAGGUUUUCCCUGAACUCUGAGCUACAUGACCACUCGCUGGUGACGGUCAUCGGCGGAGAGGAGGAGCACUUUGAGGACUUCGGGGAAAGUAACACCUCGGAGUUGCUGCUGGAGAGCGGCGUGGAGGGGACCGAGGGGGGGGGCGACUCCUCUCUCGUGGAGCCGCCUGAGCAGAUCAAUGGCUCCUCCCUGCUGUCUCCCAGUUCUGGCAAGAGGCUGUCCAGCAAGAAAGUAGCAAGACAUCUCCUCCAGAACAGCUCAAUGACUCUGGACACGAUGAGCGACUUGACGCGGGACAUCCUGGAGCUCGCUGACAACGACAUCACAGACAAGGUGCUCCUCCUUGAGCGUCGAGUGGCGGAGCUUGAAAAGGAGUCUGAGUCAUCCGGGGAGCAGCACACGCGGCUGCGCCAGGAGAACCUUCACCUGGUGCACCGGGCCAACGCCUUGGAGGAGCAGCUGAAGGAGCAGGAGCUCCAGGCUGACGAGCAGCUGCAGCAGGAGACCCGUCGUCACAAGGAGGCCCUGAUCAAGCUGGAGCGGGAGAGGGGGCUGGAGCUGGAAAACCUGCAGGCCAGGCUGCAGCAGCUGGACGAGGAGAACAGUGAGCUGAGGUCAUGCGUUCCUUGUCUUCGAGCAAACAUCGAGAGACUAGAGGAGGAGAAGAGGAAGCUGCAGGAUGAGACAGAGGCCAUGUCCGACAAGUUGCAGGAGGAGACGGAGUCCCGCAGGAAGAUGGCCGACAAGCUGAGCCACGAGCGCCACCAGAGCCAGAAAGAGAAAGAGUGCACUCAGGAGCUCAUCGAGGACUUGCGUAAACAGCUCGAGCACCUACAGCUCUACAAGCUGGAGGCUGAAGCAAAGAGAGGGCGCACACCUGGCGCGGGGCUGCAGGAGUAUCAGACACGGACCCGCGAAGCCGAGCUGGAGCAGGAGAUCAAGCGACUCAAACAGGACAACCGCAGCCUGAAAGAGCAGAACGACGAGUUAAACGGCCAGAUCAUCAACCUGAGCAUCCAGGGAGCCAAGAACCUGAUGUCGGCCUCCUUCUCCGACUCCCUGGCAGCUGAGAUCAACAACGUGUCUCGCGUAGAGUUGAUGGAGGCGGUCCACAAACAGGAGGAGAUCAACUACAGACUCCAGGACUACAUUGACAAGAUCAUCGUGGCCAUCAUGGAGUGCAACCCCUCCAUCCUGGAGGUCAAAUAGACACCAUUUUGCAGCCAGAUGGCCGCUCACAGUGACGCCUCGGGCUGUUCAAAAUAUCGGAGACUUGGCUUAAAUAGAACUACCAGGAGACGAUGUGAAAAUAAUUUUGGUAGGAAAAACAACAAUGCACUCAACUCAUCCAGCUCCCCCCCCCCUAAAAAAAGAAGGAUUUAACAUUUUGAAGAAGUCCAUGGCUGUCAGAGAGAAUAAGCAAUUUUUCAGUUAGACAUCCCUCGAGUCUGUGAGUGUAUGAGUUAACCCCUUCCUGAACACACUUGGGUUCUGGUGACCUCCAUGUAUUUGGUUUGAGGGACCCGAGUCUCCCUUGUUGAGUGUGUGAAUGUGUUAAUGUGUGCAAGAGGUCAGUAUUAUAACCGGGGGGAAAAACAUCUUCCUGUCCCAAAAAAAACAACAAAGUGUCAAUGUUUGAUUGAGCUAAAAAAACAACAACAAUCAGACAAUUCUACAGCACCAACAGGCCUUAAAUGAAAGGUGAUCCCAGUAUUCAUUGAUUCUGCCGUACAGGCUAUGUUAA